CUUGACUAUCAGCCACCAGCUCUGUAUGCUUUAAUUCACAAUCACAGACAAGCACCCAAGCAAAUUGUUCUGAAAUUUAAGUGUGCUUUCUAUCCCUAGGCUAUUAUUUGUGAGGACACAUUAACAGAUAAGAGAGCAUUAAUUUUCGGAGGAUAGUUUCAUCCCUCUGCAGAUGAGAGAGGCACACAAAAUAAACCUGCUUUGAUUGGCUGAAGCAACCCUAGGAAAGAAGACACGAAGGAGAGCCUGAGUUCCUAUGUUCCUUGAGCGUCUCCCUCGUCUGUUAAAGUAGAGAGUGAUCAAAUUACCAAGUAGCCUUGGACACAAAGUUGGGACCAUAGGGAUGAUCGUGAUUGGCUGUGCUGUCCAGAUAUGUCUCUAAAUAUGAGGUUAGCCUGAGGAGAGGGAUAAAGAAACUGGCUACCAAGAUGGUCAUCACUAGUGGAAAUGAAGAAGAAAAAAACAACCAAGAAAAGGAGAGCAAGGAGGAAUCCAUCCUGGCAAUGCUGGGGAUUAUUGGGACUAUUUUGAACCUCGUCGUAAUCAUUUUUGUAUACAUCUACACGACAUUGUGAGCCGCAAACACAAAGUGGUGAAGACAGCUGACAAGAAGUGAUGACAAAUGUUGCCAGCCACUGACACAUGGCUUAAUGAGAACUGACUCUGUAGUAUAUUAAGACAUCAUAAAAGGCACUGCCUGCCGGUUGUGGAGGUUGGAGCACAAUUAAUUGAACAAGACUUUUUUUCACACAGUUACAAGCAAAGCUCGCCCCUCUCUCUGCUUCCUCUUUUCAUUUGUUCUAGAGAAAUGACUGUAAAUUUGUAAGUACCAGCUUGGGGUGUGUGUGCAGGGGACCCCUCCUCCCCACAACAGAUAAAACAUUUGAAUACAGCCAAAGACUGGAUGCUAUUAUAAACAGUGACAAAUAUAUAGCAUAUCUGUGCCAGGAGAUGUUCCACAGAUAGCUGCGUCGCUGUCUUUCAUGCCCGUUAGUUUGUAUCUUUCUUCUCCUUUUGGUUUGAUUUACGUCGAAGCUAGCAAGUUUUUGGGGGUUUUUUUCAUUGCUAUUAUUUUAUUUUUAAAUGAACAUACGGUGCAGUCACAAGGUGGGGGGGGGGAGAAACAACUAUUCCACUGAGCUGUUUGAGCAACCGAAAGGUAAAACCUUGAGCAAAGUUACAUGGCAUUUCUUUUCUCACCUAUUUGCUUCGCAUCUGUCUCUCUUCACAUUGAUGUUUAUAAAUAUAUAUUUUUAAUAAAUGUGCUAUAUUUUUAGCAUGAGCCAAAA